UAAUGAUUCAACAACAGUAACCAUAGAAACUUUUAAGCAAUGAAUCCAAAUGAUAUGCCUAAGCCCUAAAUGUUUAUUCAAAGACAGUAUAAAAAGAAAAUACUUAAUUGUAACUUAAUAUAGGUGUAAAUAAGUUAAUCAUAUAUGCAAUAAAAAUAUGGAAUCAUAUUUAGAUGAAGUAAACAAUAACAAUAGAAAUAUGGGUAUAACAACAUUAUUGGAGGAUACAGUCAAAAAUAGAAAUUUGGAUCAAAUCACUUCAUUGAAAUUACAGGCACCCAUGUCAGUAAACCGUUUGUGUAUGUUGGGUACAUACGUACCAAAUUUAGUAGAGCUUGAUUUAACGGAUAGUUUUCUUCCAUCAUUCAGAGAUUUUGCGUUUAAACUUAAUAAUUUAAAAGUCCUAAAAGUAGCUUCCUGUAAUCUUAAAUCAUUGGAUGGAAUUUGGAAUAUACCGAAUGUAGAAGUGUUGUAUGCCCCAGACAAUGAUAUUAAUGACUUAAUGCUAUGCUCUACACUGAUUAAACUUGUUAAUUUGGAUCUAUCUAAGAAUAAAAUAAUGAAUUUGACACGACUACAUUUUUUAAAUUUUUGUGAACAUUUACGCUGUUUAUCUUUAACUGGAUGCCCAGUAGCAAAAAUUGAAAAUUUUGAGAAAAAUAUACGUGAAAUUUUACCAAAUCUGGAACAAUUUAAUGGAAAUCAAACAGCAGAAAUUGAAAAUGUAAAACCCAAACUAACCAUCCAAUCAAUUGUAUGUGGCAAUAUAACUGCUGCCUUGCGAAGUAAAAAAGCAAAUCAUAAAGGAAACAGAAAACAUAGUUUGGAGGCAGAAACAAACAUUCUAAGUCAAUAAAAAGAAUAUGAAAUAGAAUAUAAAAAACUUCAAAAAUAUAUUGUUAGUAAACAUACCUACUUAUGAUUA